AUGGAUUAUAAGUCAGUGGAUGAGUACAAUUCGGUCUUGUUUAAGACGGUCUCGAUGCUGAGACUUUGGGAUGAUGUAGUAACCGAAGAAGAGUUACUUGAGAAGACUUACUCUACAUUCCAUUCAUCGAAUGUGAUAUUGCAACAGCAGUACAGAAUGAAAGGCUUCGCCACAUAUACUGAUUUGAUUUCGUGCCUGCUUCAGGCUGAGGCAAACAAUGAGCUCCUGAUGAAGAACAGUGAAGCUAGACCUGUUGGAACAGCACCAUUACCGGAGGAUAAUGAGGUUGAAAGGAAAGAUCCCAACGAGUGCAAUUAUGUCCAAAAUGACAAGAGAUCACACGGCAAAGGCCGAGGUGGAUGCAAGGGGCAUGGCCGUGACAAUUACUCGAACAGCCGAGACAACUACUCGACCGACCGGAAAGGAAACCACAAUAACCGUGGUCGUGGUUCCAAUUAUAUUUGUGGCCGAGAAAGUCUUAAGAACAAAAACCCUGAGGCUCACAUGGUUCACGAUUCCGAAUAUGAGGCCGAUAAUGAUUCCGACAUUGCUAAAAAUGACCAGAUGGACUUUGAGACUUUUGAUUGUCUCAAGGACUAA